UAUGACCCCACCAUUCUUGCGGUCAUUGGUGUCCUGGACGAGAUCAAGAAGCAGAGCAGUGUUGCUGGGUGGAUUCGAGCCGGGGGUCUUUGGGAUAUUGUUCCAGUUCCUGAGGCUGAAGGAAAAUCUAUUGUCAUUCCACCAGCCUCGGACGCAAACAUGGUCGAGGAUCUGCAACUGCCCACAGACUCUCAGGAAGUGCAACCCCUCACGAAGAAAGAGCUUCGGGCAGCACAAAAACUUGCGGCAAAACAGCGAAAACGCGCGGAACAAGCAGCAUUGUCUGCCGGACAACCUGUUCUCAUUGCCGACAAGGAAGUUAUUCCGACCGGAAAUGAUGAGUCUACCAUGGCUGAUAUUCUGGUUGAGGAUGUUCCUCCUGCUGCACCAAGUGCUAGUGUCGAAAGUGUGGGAAUGCGGUUCAAUAAUGAGCAGACAUUGUCUUACUGGGUUCGGAGAGGGCGUCAGGCGCUCGACAGUUUGGGGAUC